UUCAGCUUAAUGUAUUCCUAGGGUUUCCGCACCAAUGUAAUUUCUCCUUCUUUUUAUUUUUGGAAAUAGAAAACAGUUGAAAACAUCGUAACAGCCAUGUUAAUAUACCCCAAAUGCCAAGUUUCAUGUUUCAAAUAUUCCUCAAAUGAUGGCCAAUAUCUCAAAUACUCCCAGUGGGUACAACUCACCCCUCAAUUGGUACAAGGUAAUCCUGCUCAUCAUCCUACUCAUAGUUCUUUUUACCAUAAUCCCUCCGAAGCAUCACGAAAAUUUUCCCAUUUCUUCCCAAUCGGAAGAUUUUAGUGUUGAAAAUUCGACAUCCAAUCAAGAUCAAGGCAACAGAGUAGCCGCGGUCAAUCCAGAUCAUGACUCUAUAAGCAUGAGAUUAGAGAGCAAAAAAUGUGACAUGUUAAGGGGGAAAUGGGUUCCGUAUCCGGAAGGGCCUCUAUAUACAAACCAGACAACUGGAUGUUACAUUGAAAAGACCCAAAAUUGUAUGAGAUUCGGGAGGCCGGACACAGAGUUCAUGAAGUGGAGGUGGAAACCGGAUGGGUGCGAUUUACCCGUGUUCGACGCGGCUCGGUUUUUGGAGCUUGUUAGAGGGAAAUCCAUGGCCUUUGUUGGGGACUCCGUGGCCAGAAACCAACUGCAGUCGUUGAAAUGCCUAUUGAGCACUGUUGCUCAUCCCAUAAAUGAAUCAAGUACCAAAGUGUGGACACUAAGACGAUUUGUCUUCACCCAUUAUAACUUCACACUAGAACUUUUUGGGAGCACCCAUCUGGUUAGAGCCGAAGGUAUUGAACCACAUUCUGCGGCACCCAUAGACCUAUACUUAGAUGAAGCUGACCAAGCCUGGGCAAAUAAGAUUGCGAAUUUCGACUACGUAAUCAUCUCAGCUGGACAUUGGUUUUCUAGACCCAAGAUGAGAUACCAUGAAAGUCAUAAGGUCGUCGGGUGUAGCAUGUGCAACGCAAAGAACAUGACGGACCUUACCAGGUUCUACGGAUAUAAAAAGGCCUUCGAAACAACAUUCAGGACACUUAUAGAUCUUCCGAAAUUUAACGGGACGGUAAUCCUGAGGACGAUCUCUCCAACGCACUUUGAGCCAGAGUAUUGGGAAGGAAGAGGGUAUUGUGUGAGGAGGAAGCCAUUUUCUAAGCAACAAGUACAGUAUGAUUGGUUCCUUCAAAUGUAUAAAAAGAUACAAAUGGAGGAGUUUCUGGCAGCAAAGAGAGAAGGGGAAGAAAGGGGUUUGAAAUUUAGGUUAUUAGACAUCACUGAAGUUAUGCUGUUAAGGCCAGAUGGGCACCCAAAUCACUAUGGGCACCCACCAGAGUCGAAAAAUAAGUUCUCUGACUGUCUGCAUUGGUGCUUGCCUGGACCUAUUGAUGUGUGGAAUGAGUUUUUGCUUCAAAUGUUGAAGAAUGAAAAUGGAGGGUCUAGGGAAGGUCUUUGAAAAGUUCGGCCAGAGUAUCAUCAUCAAUUAUACUAAAAAUCAAGUUGGUCGGAUACCGAUGAACAUCAAUUGAAAAGUUCGGCCAAACUAAUUUGUUUAUUUGGCUAUUGGCAAUCUUCUGGAAAGAAUAAAAUACAACAUCAACAAGUACUGCUGGGCUGCAGUUGGAGUUUGACAAUUGCAAAAACAAGAUUGUUCAUCCACUCCAUUUGACAAUCACCC